AGGCGACGCGCACAUAUGCCUUCCCCCGUGUCGCCCACCCGCGCCACGCACGCCGCGCGCGCGCACCCCGUCGUCCACGAUUCCAUUCCCUUUCCCGAUCCCACUCGCAAAGGCGGGCGCCGUCGCGCUCGGCCUGCGCGCGGUGCGGGACGCAUCAUAUGGGGGACGACGCCAGCCGCGGCGCCUGCGAGGAGAGCCUCCUGGACCGCAGCGCCGGCGCCGCCAUGGAAGAAGAAGCGGGCGGCGAGCACCACCGCCACCACCCGCUCAGGGUGUUCUUCCGGGACGCCAGGCUUGCGUUCAGGUGGGACGAGCUCGGGCGGGAGAUCAUGGGGAUCGCGGUGCCUGGCGCGCUCGCGCUCAUGGCCGACCCAGUCGCUUCCCUCGUCGACACGGCCUUCAUUGGCCACAUAGGUCCAGUUGAACUUGGAGCUGUAGGUGUAUCAAUUGCUGUGUUUAAUCAAGUCUCAAGAAUUGCAAUAUUCCCCCUUGUUAGUGUGACAACAUCAUUUGUUGCUGAGGAGGAUGCUAUGUCCAAUGGCAGAGACAACGACAAAAUAAAUCAAGAAAAUAAACACGCUGUUUCUGAUAGUGAAAUGGUAGAACUGAUUUCUGCUGAAGAGGCUAGUGCCACUACCAGCAAAUCAUCUUUUGAAACUGACUCAUGCGAGGUCAGUAUUGAGCAAAAGAGGAAAAAUAUUCCAUCAGUCUCUACAGCACUAUUACUUGGUGGGGUGCUCGGCCUACUUGAAACCCUACUUCUUGUUCUCUCUGCAAAACCUAUCUUAGGUUACAUGGGUGUAACACCGGAUUCUGCUAUGAUGAAGCCCGCAUUACAAUACUUGGUUCUCAGAUCUGUUGGUGCUCCUGCUGUUCUUUUAUCUUUGGCAAUGCAAGGAGUCUUUCGUGGACUUAAGGAUACGAAGACGCCUCUAUAUGCAACUGUGGCUGGAGAUGCUAUCAAUAUAGUUUUGGACUCAAUAUUUAUGUUUGUGUUCCAAUAUGGUGUCAAGGGUGCUGCCAUUGCUCAUGUUAUAUCACAAUAUUUUAUUGCAUCUAUACUCUUAUGGAGAUUAUGGCUCCAUAUAGAUUUGUUGCCACCCAGCUUGAAUCACCUGCAGUUUGGUCGGUUUCUUAAAAAUGGUUUUUUGUUACUUGCACGAGUUAUUGCCGCCACAUGUUGUGUGACACUAUCUGCAUCAAUGGCUGCACGACUGGGUUCAACUCCAAUGGCUGCAUUCCAGAUCUGCUUGCAGACCUGGUUGGCUUGUUCGCUUCUUGCAGAUGGAUUAGCUUUUGCUGGUCAGGCUAUACUUGCAAGUGCAUUUGCUCGUAAGGACUAUCCAAAGGCUACUGCCACAGCUUCUCGUGUCCUGCAGCUGGCAUUGGUCUUGGGACUUCUCCUAAGUUUACUUCUUGGUAUUGGUUUGCGUAUAGGAUCAAGGUUAUUUACGAGUGAUCAGGGUGUACUGCAUCAUAUCUACAUAGGAAUACCGUUUGUCUGUCUUACUCAACCAAUCAACGCUUUGGCUUUUGUAUUUGAUGGAAUCAACUAUGGAGCGUCAGAUUUUGGAUAUGCUGCCUACUCAAUGGUCCUUGUCGCUAUUGUCAGUAUCAUUUGCAUACUCACUCUUGCAAGUUAUAGCGGCUUUACUGGAAUUUGGGCAGCUUUGGUGAUCUACAUGAGCCUCCGGAUGUUUGCUGGAUUUUGGAGGAUAGGGACUGCACGAGGUCCAUGGGUUUUUCUUCGCAGCUGAACAUGGGCACAUCUAAGAAUCUAUUCUCGAACAAAACAGGAAGCCGUUAACUGGCACGACAGCCCCCUAUAGACUGUGCGAGCCUCCAUCAUGUGUUAGGCGCGAACGGGGGGAAGUCCUGUGAUCUAUUGUACAUGUGGGUUCUUCAAACUUCAUUCUUAACAUUUCACACCGUAAAGGAAUUUAUUGGCAACACAUAAUGGAGUGGUCAAGUGCGUGGAUAAUUACUAAUUAGGUUUUGGAUUCGGGUCAUUUUGACAUGAAGUGUGCCCUUAAUAUAUGCAAGCCAAAAGGCUACAAUGAAAGCUGUCCUGUCCGAGAGAGGUCA